AUGAGAGAGCUGCCCUUCGGCGGGUUUCCUGCCUCGGCCACAGCAUUCUACCCAGGUCUGCUCAAUACAAAUUUUGGUUCGAACAGACAUUUCUCUACCUAUGGACCCACAAAUGCCACCACUUUGCUCCAAUCCUUUGAAGCGAGCGUACAGAGUCAAAGCUCAGAGCGCGUCAGACACUCCCUGACCGUGGAAUACCCAAACGUCGACUGGCCAUGGGUACGCAAGAGUGCAGGGUGGUCCUCGCUGCAAUGGCAGAUGAUCGCGGCAACCGACCUUGAUAUCGAGCAGAACAGCACAGCUCUUGCUAUCACUAUGGACAAGACCGCAGAAUUUGCCAUGGUACGGAAAGACUCCUUCUCGGUCAACGCCACCGUGCCGGGUGCAAUCGAAUGGCACACUGGUGAUUGGUACUCUUACAUCGCCGCGUUUGCAAAGGAAGACGAGCCCCUUGUCGGGCUGCCUAUUUCGCACCAUCUGGUCCAUCUCGACCGAGGAUUAUACAAGCUUCUUGUUCGCUCGCAGUACGAGAUACGAAUCUUUGGCGAUCCACGAAACAGCGGAGGAGCGGAAAGUCCAAAGAUGACAAUCGGCAUCGACAUUGCUGCUCGUGGGCUACAAAACGCGAAGCAGCAAGAUAUGGUUGAGGCUCACACCGAUCCACAUCACAGCAACGUACCUCAUAUCGUGGGUGGGUGGAUGGCAGGCUGGGGUCUCUCCUUUGGGAUACGCAGCAUUAGUCCCAACGAGACGUACAUCUUGCACAGUGUCAACUUGUCCGACGACAGCCCAGACGCAGUUCGAACAGGCCUCAAAGCCGAGCUCGGGUCUACGCUUACGAUGUCUCCCUCACAAACAGUCGCCGUACCUGUGCGUAUCUCACAAACCGCCCCGAUCGACUCGAGCCUGAGUUCUUUGGUCCUCAACGUCAGCCUCACAACCAUCAGUGCCCCUGCUGAAGUCAAACUCACCAAGAGCGUGCGAAUUCCUCUUGUCCACAAAAUGGCAUUCUGGCAGGCUGCUAGUGACGAACAGGAUCAUCAUGCAUACAUGUUUAGCUACCUUGCCGACGAUGGCACCGUUCAAAUGGCAGCGGCUACGCCUCCGAAACAGACAAAUGCUGCCCUAGAUGCACCGCUGCCACCUCUGAUCCUGACACUGCACGGAGCAGGCGUCGACGUACGCGACCUCUUCUUCAGCAACAGCAUCCGACGUCAGGACGAGAGCUGGGUGAUACUGCCCACUGGUCGAACACCUUGGGGCUACGAUUGGCAGCUGACGUCGCUUGAGGCAGCCGAUGCAGCUGUGUCAGCCUUUCACAAACACCUAUACGGCCUACCACCCACGAUGACAUCUGCAGAAAAGCAGGUGUGGCAAUUCGAUCCUGAGAAGCUCUUCGUGAUGGGCCACUCGAACGGUGGACAAGGAGCGUGGUACCGGCUCUCGCGCUUUCCGGAUCGCGCAAUAGGAGGGAUGGUCGGAUCCGCCUACACAAAAGUAUCAGACUACGUUUCUUUUGCAUGGAAGAUAGGCAGACAUUACAUCGAUCCGGCCCUGCAAGGGAUACUGCACAGCGGUGUGACCAUGUUUGAAAACGAUCUAUACGCCAGCAACCUCGCCGGCCUGGAUCUGCUCGUCAAGUUUGGAUCAGCGGAUGCCAACGUUCCACCUUGGAAUCCCAAGGACAUGGCCAUGGUGGUAGAUGGCUGGAAUCGACGUUCUGGGCUGGUCGAUAAGCUCAAAAUCUCCGAAGUUGCUGGACGUCCGCACUGGUGGGACACGCUGUUCUCCGAGGACGACGUCCAGGCUGCGAUCGAAGCCGCAUGUUUAUCGACUAGGAAUGUUGAUUAUAGGAUGCCGGCAGUACCGCAGACCUUUACACUGACCGUGUUCAAUCCGGCUGAAGCUGGCUCGAAGGGAGGUUGGCGUAUUUGCGAAGUCGACAACCCGGGUCGACUUGCCAAGUUGGAGGUGCGUUACGCGCAGACCAAUGAGGCAGACGCUGCGAACGUCCAUGUCGUCGCCAGAAAUGCAAGACGGUUUGAGCUCGACUUGACCACCGCCCGUCGAACUAGUGACGGCGUCGUCGAAAGCACCUUCUGGAAUGCCACCUCUCUGCAUGUCAGUAUCAAUGGUCAGAUGCAGCAGGCAGACAUCAGCAACGUCGAACGAGUUCAAUUUGUCCUUCAGCAGAAUGGCAAAUGGGCAGGAUACGCCGGAGACAUCUCAGGUCUCACCUCGAAACCAGCUCGACCAAUCGGACCGUUGCUGCGCAUUGUAUCUACGAAAGGCCCAAUGCUGCUGAUCGUCCCAUCCAGUGGGCCUCAAUUCGAGGUCAAAGCUUGGUUCAAGGUGGCACAACGCUUUGCAGCUGAUCUGUUGCUUUACGGCGCGAUCAACUCGCAGAUCCUCACCGAUGGCGAAUUUGCCUCCUCCGCUUCAGAGAAGAGCUGGAAGCAGAGCAACAUGGUGACGUUUGGCGGACCGAAGAUCAACCUCUUCACCCGAUCCAUCUUUGACAGGUGGCCCACACAAAGUUCGAUACACUUUCCUUCGGCCCGAACAUCGGCUCAGUUCCGAAUUCAAGAUCGUCUCUUCUACGAGAACGGCACGGCUCUUGUGACGCUGGCACCUCACCCGACCUAUGACGAGGGCCUGGCAUUGGUGGUCCACGGAAUUGGAGCGGAGGGCAUCUCACGAGCAGCGCGAUUGCUGCCAACGCGAACGGCUACCAUGAUCCCGGAAUGGGUGGUGACGGACAACACGGCGGAGUGGAUGGGUGAGGGAGGCGUUCAGGCUGCUGGGUGGUAUGACCACGAGUGGGGUUGGUCUGAGCGGAUGUCGUACGUGCAGUGA